GUAAGAAAUUCGUGUGGUGUGUGCUGUAUGUGCAGAAUCUGUAUAAAGACAGUGGUCGGCUUGCUGCUUUUAAAAAUCAUUGUUUCGUGAUCCUGCUGAGGACUGGGUACCACAGCCAUGAAUCUGUACUUGAGUCUGUUCUCCCUUUGCAUGGCUGUUGCUUCAGCUGCCCCAAGUUUAGAUCCACUUCUGGAUGACCAUUGGCAUCUGUGGAAGAGUUGGCAUAGUAAGAAAUAUCACGAGAAGGAAGAAGGUUGGAGGAGGAUGGUUUGGGAGAAAAACUUACGGAAGAUUGAACUGCACAACCUGGAACACUCUUUGGGAAAACACUCCUAUCAACUGGGAAUGAACCACUUUGGUGACAUGACAAAUGAGGAGUUCAGACAGCUCAUGAAUGGGUACAAGUACAAUAAGUCUGUGGAAAGGAAGUUCCAUGGCUCUCUGUUUCUUGAGCCCAACUUCCUUGAGGUACCACAACAGGUUGACUGGCGGGAGAAAGGAUAUGUAACUCCAGUCAAGGAUCAGGGUCAGUGUGGUUCCUGCUGGGCUUUCAGUACCACUGGUGCUUUGGAGGGUCAGCACUUCAGGAAGUCUGGCAAGCUGGUUUCAUUGAGUGAGCAAAAUCUUGUGGAUUGCUCUCGUCCCGAGGGUAACGAGGGGUGCAAUGGUGGCUUAAUGGAUCAGGCUUUCCAGUAUGUCAAGGACAACAAUGGCUUGGACUCUGAAGAGUCCUACCCAUAUCUGGGAACUGAUGACCAGCCCUGCCAUUAUGACCCCAACUACAACUCUGCUAAUGACACUGGCUUUGUAGAUGUUCCAAGUGGUAAAGAACGUGCUCUGAUGAAAGCAGUUGCAUCUGUUGGACCAGUUUCUGUGGCUAUUGAUGCUGGCCAUCAGUCAUUCCAGUUCUACCAGUCUGGUAUCUACUAUGAACCGGAGUGCAGUAGUGAGGAGUUGGACCAUGGUGUGUUAGUUGUAGGCUAUGGAUUCCAGGGAGAAGAUGUAGAUGGGAAGAAAUACUGGAUUGUCAAGAACAGCUGGAGUGAGAAAUGGGGUGACAAAGGCUUCAUCUACAUGGCUAAAGAUAGGAAGAACCACUGUGGAAUUGCUACAUCAGCAAGCUACCCUCUGGUGUAAUCUGUUUACUGAAUCUAGUCUCAAAAGAUCUUUGCAAGAUUAAUGGACCAUGAUUUAUGUUAAGGCCCAAACAAUGCUUAAACAUGUACAAAAUGUAGGUUUUAAGUCCUGGUAUUCUGUGUCGGUAUGAUUUCUAUGUGAAAGUACUGUUACAGAGCUACACUUUUACAGAUGUUUUUACUGAUUUUAAUUUUGUUUUCAAAAUACUAAUGUGAAAUAUUUUCCUGUAUAAAUUGGUGUGUUUUACAUUGCACAGUGUCUUCUGUUUUAGGGAAUUGUUCAGAUUUUUUUGAUUGUGAUUUACUGUGCAAAAUUGUCUUAUUUUGUUCAAAUAAAGAUUUGAAACAAA